GACGCCUGGCUUCUCGGGCUAGAGAUGACGGAUGGGAUGUGGGAGAACGACAGCUUCGCCGGCCCCUCGCCUGGACUCCCCCUGCUUUUGCUCAUGUUCAACGACAGCGAUCUGAACCAGACACUGUUCAACUUCAGCUCCUCCAACUGUUCCAACUUCACCGACCCAAAUGUCCCCUCAGGUCCCAGCGUGGCAGGGGUCCUCAUCCCACUCAUAUACAUCAUUGUGUGCAUCAUUGGCCUGGGUGGAAACACUAUAGUGAUUCACAUAGUGCUGCAUUACUCAAAGAUAGAGUCUGUCACCAACAUCUACAUCCUGAACUUAGCCAUAGCUGACGAGCUCUUCAUGCUCAGUCUGCCUUUCCUGGCCGUUCAGAACACCAUGCAGUCGUGGCCCUUUGGCUUGUUCAUGUGCCGCCUGGUCAUGACCGUCGACUCCAUCAACCAGUUCACCAGCAUCUUCUGCCUGACCGUGAUGAGCAUCGACCGCUACCUUGCUGUAGUUCACCCCAUUGUGUCUUCAAAGUGGCGGCGACCUCGGGUGGCCAAAUUGGUGAAUGGCACUGUGUGGGCGUUGUCGUUUCUCGUUGUUCUGCCUGUGAUCAUCUUUGCCAACAUCCAGAGGGCCGGAGGCACCUGUAACAUCUCCUGGCCUCAACCGACUAACAUCUGGAGCGCUGCUUUCAUCAUCUAUACUUCCACUGUUGGAUUCUUCUGUCCUCUUCUUAUCAUCUGCCUCUGUUACCUGCUCAUUGUUUUCAAGGUACGCAGCUCGGGUAAAAAAGUCCACGCCACCUCCAACAAGCGCAGAAAGUCGGAGCGGAAAGUGACACGCAUGGUUGUGAUUGUUGUUGCAGUGUUUGUCUUCUGCUGGUUGCCUUUCUACAUCCUCAACAUCAUCAACCUGCUUGUAUCCCUGCCCUCAGACUACCAGGGUCUUUACUAUUUUGUCGUAUUGCUCAGUUAUGCUAACAGCUGCGCCAACCCCAUCGUGUACGGCUUCUUGUCAGACAACUUCAAGAGGGGUUUCCGGAAGGCGCUCUGCCGCUCCACAAGAAAGGUGGAGAACCACGAGCCCAUGGAGCGACAGCAGCAGCAGGAGGAAGGGAGGAGGGCGCUCAUGCCCAGGGAGAGCCUGAGACGGGGAAUCGGGGACGAAGUAGACGAAGAUGAGGAAGACGUCUCAGAAAUGACUGAGAUCUACAGAAUCGGCCAGAAUGGAAACAGCAGCUUCCAGCCACAGAGCUCAAGGCCACUGCUCUCAGAGACGACUCAAGACGCGACAGAGCUGCCGUCCCCUGACAAGAAGGACAAAGCUGGUGACGCAAAAGGGAAAGAUCCAGUCAACGGGUCCACACUUGCUGCUCCAUUGUUUCUCAAUGGAGCCAAAAAUGGAAACAUCAAAUCUCUGCCAGAGGAAAACUUGGAGCAGGGCACCUCACUGGAGAUAAGUUAUUUAUAG